CUACUAAGCCUUUCUUUCUAACAUGAAAUUUGUUGGUAUAAAAAUUAACUAAAUAUGGGGUUGGAAAAGGAAGACCAAAAACGACCGUACCGACAUGGAUAGAUCAGGUUAUAGGGCAAUUUGAGAAAAAAGGUAUGUGUAUAAUCUCAUGUAUGGUAACCAAAACCAUGAACAGUAAGUGGUUUUUCAAAAACCAACUUCAAAUUAUAAAAUAGUAAUAUAUUUUAUUCUCUCAUCCUCUCAAGACCAAUUCAUCUUUUCCCUAUUCCCCUUCACCUUAGAUAAACAAAGUGAGAUAGGGAUGUUAACGAUGAGCUGUAUUUGUUUGUGUUGAUGAAUAGCGUAAAGUGGAGCCACUCCCACCUAUACCGACUCUAUCUUUUCACAUCUCUUUUCUCUUUUUUCCUUUCACAACUGACUCCAAUUGAAAGGGUGUUUGCCUCAUCCAGAGUGAUGGAGAGAGUAAGAGUGACUAGUAUUUUAACAGAAAAAAUAGCAUCUCAAACUCAGCUAUUUCAUCAAAAUCUAUAUAUCCUAAGAGGUAUGGAGUUCAAAAUUGAAUUUGAAUUUGAAUUUUAUUGGAUAUAUUUACUCUAAUGAAAGGAUUUUUUUUAAAAAAAUCCGUGUCACUGUCAACUUAGACCUAAACCACCAAACAAAGUUGCCAUAUUUUAAUCAAAUUGAUACUUCUAAUUAUUAAUUAACCCCAACCAUGGAUUAUCCCACAAGAACCAAUCUUCACUAAUCUCAGAGUUGAACAGUAAAAGAUCAAGUGGAAAACCUAAAUUAAAAAAGCAACAAGAAAUUCAAACAAAGAUUUGUUUCUGUGUUCAUACCUUUGCCUUUCUCCAUUGAUUUCCUUCUUCUUCUUAAUCUGUGAUUCAAACAAAGAAUUUGGCUUCUGGGUUCUGAACUUUAUGAGAUUUUCCUAACAAUGGACAGAUUGGUGAAGCCUGAUGUGGAUGAAGUGGAAUUUUCAUUCAUGAAAGGAGAAAAUUGUACAGCAACUUUCUGUCUCACCAAUCUCAUGCACACCAUGUCUGUUGCAGUUUGUUUAUCAACAUCCAAUCCUUCUGUUUUCUCUUUUUCACAAGACUUCUCCAUAAUUCCACCGCUUUCUUCUUCUUCCUACACAAUUUCCUGCAAAUCAUCGGAUAAGCUUCCUCUCAGUACUCCGCCGGACAAAAUCUCCGUUCGAUCCGCCAUGCUUCCAAUUGGAAAAGCUCACACCGACGACCUACGACGCUUGUUUUCCAAACCUGGCCGCCAUGUUUUCAAGGACGCUUCGUUACUCAUCUCCUUCGUCGGUUUCGAUGUCGUUGAAUUCCUAAUUUCGAACCAUAAGCGAAUUCCUGAUUUGAGAUCUCUUCUUAACAAAGCCAUUUCUGGUUGUUCUAAGUCUCAAUUGACAGCGUUGAUGGAACCGGCAGUUUCGUCAGGGAAAUUAGGGUUAGUUUCGGUUUUAAUCGACGCUGGAGUAGACGUCAAUGUGAAGGAUUGUCUCAAACAGUCAAUGCUGUCGAGCGCUGUUCGGACUGGGAAGAUCGAUAUUGUCAAGCGAUUGAUUGAUUCGCACUGCAAAAUCGAUUUCUCUGUUGAUUUGGUACUACACAUAGCGGCAGCGAUGAACCACGUCGAUUUAAUAGAGCUACUACGAGAAAAUUUUCCUGAUAUACCAGUUAAUUCCGUCGAUUCUGACGGCCGUACUCCAAUCCACACCGCGGCAGCUCACGGUCACGUCGAGGUAAUAAGCUUCCUCGCUUCGGUCGGCGGAGAUGUCGAGGCAGUGGAUAGAACAAAAUGGACUCCGCUACAUUUCGCAGCGGCAGGAGGACAUCUGGAAGCCGUGGAGUAUCUUCUAAACUGCUCGAAUGUGAAAUACGCGGUGAACUCGGACGGAAGAACGGCAUUCGCACUGGCGUCGGAGAACGGACACACAGAUCUGUUCGAUUCUUUGAGAUUAGACGAUGCAUUGCACAGAACGGCAAGAGCCGGCGACGUUCGAGGUCUGAGAAGUUGCGUGGCGGCUGGAGCAAAGGUGAAUGGAAAAGACCAAAACGGGUGGACGGCUCUGCAUAGGGCGGCGUUCAAAGGCAGAGUUGAAUGCGUGAAGGCACUGCUGGAGGUCGGAGCGGAGGCUGACGCCGUGGACAACGCUGGGUACACGCCCCUCCGGUGCGCCGUGGAGGCUGGGCAGGAGGAGGUGGCUCGGCUUCUUCUUGACAGUGGUGCCAAACCGAUUUCAUCCAAAAUCUAAUAUUUGCCUUCUCAAUUCAUUUUGUUUAUAUUGUAAUUUGUAAAUAGUCAUUGUCAUUUUUGUAGGGAUGAUUUUACCAUUUUUUGGAAAUGUGAAAUUUCAUACAUAAUAUUACUUUUAAAGUUUGUUCAA